UGUUUGGAGAAGUCGCCAUGGUGCGAAUUACUGAAAGUCUGAUAAGGCAACGAGCAGAACAUAAUAACUGUGAGAUAUUUUCACUGGAAGAAAUUACAUUGCACCAACAAGAAAUAGAGAAAAUCGAACACAUUGACAAAUGGUGCAAAGAUCUGAAAAUUGUCUACUUUCAAAAUAAUUUGAUUCCUAAGAUCGAAAAUGUUGGCAGACUGAAGAAACUGGAAUACCUUAAUCUGGCUUUAAAUAACAUUGAACGUAUAGAAAAUUUAGAUGGCUGUGAGUUUUUGAAGAAACUUGACCUAACAGUAAACUUCGUGGGCGAACUGACCAGUGUGGAGUCACUCAAAGUUAAUGUACACUUGGAAGAACUUUUUCUGGUUGGAAACCCCUGCUAUGAAUUUGAUAGCUACAGAAAGUUUGUGAUUGCUGUACUCCCACAGCUAAAGUGGUUAGAUGGAAAGGAGAUCAGUCGUUCUGAACAGAUCCAGGCACUGCAGGAUUUUCCAAUGGUACAACAACGCAUACUAGAACAACAGGCAGCUUACAUCCUGAAGCGAACCAAGGAAAAGGAAUUCCAGAAGAAUUUAGAGGAGAAAGAGAUCAAUGAGAAAACAGGAGAAAGGAAGCAAAAUCCUAUUUCUAAUGGACACUGCGAUCCUGAUACUGACAGUCCCUUACUUGCCCAGAGUCAGAACACAGGAAGCAAGCAAAGUAACAGUGAUGGAAAAGAGGAUAAAGAUCUAAGGAAAACAGAUGAAUAUGAGAUGAACAGAAAGUUCUGGGAGGAGCCUUCAUAUUACACACCUGAAUCAAGACUGGAAACCCACAGAUACAUUGAGAAGAUGAGGAAAUCUAAAGAGAAAGACAAAAAUCGUAGAAAACAGAAACCACAACGAAUGCUUAUAACUCCUGAAGGAAGAGUCCUUAAUGUUAAUGAGCCUAAGAUUGAUUUCACGUUGACGGAUGAUGAGGAAAAUAAUCAAUUCAUAUUAGAUCUUGCUGUUUACAGGUAUCUGGAUACAUCUUUACUUGACGUUGAUGUUCAGCCAACAUAUGUUUGUGUGAUGGUGAAAGGAAAGGUAUUUCAGCUAGUACUUCAAGAAGAGGUAAAACCUGACAGCAGUUCUGCCAAGAGGUCCCAGACUACUGGACACUUGCUUGUUACAAUGCCAAAGGCACAAGAACUAAUUAGGCCAAAGCUCAAGAGUAAAAUUACAGCUCGACCUUUAAACAGCACCAAUCCACACUCAGAUGUUACAAGAACAACUCAAUAUAUUGAGAAGUUAGAAGUGGAUCCAAGCAAACAUGUUGACCUAACCAAUAUAGUGACAGCAAAGAAAUCAGUUGCUCAAGGUCCUCUCAAAUUUAAUCAAAGUCGGGCACCGGAAAGGAACAACAGUGACUUCCAGGAUAACCCUGAGGUUCCACCAUUGCUUGAUUAAGAGUAGAUGUGAAUCCGCACUAUUCAUCUGGAUAUCUGAUAAAGUGAAAUUCUUCACCUUGGGUAAUUAAUCUGUAAACUUAAAUGUAUAGUUUUCCUAAUUUAAUGUUGAGCAGUGUUGAAAAUAAAGUUUACCAUUACUAGAA